GCAUAGGAUAGAAGAGCUUUUUCUCCCAGGUUUUAAGAAUUCUCCUUCCCUCCCCUAGGUUCACUUCCCCCUCUGGGGUUAGGCAAAGCUCCUCUUUUUUUUUUUUUUUUGGCAGCGGAGUUCUUUCUCCCUCCCUCCCUCGAGCGUCCGCACGGUCGCGUCUCGCCCCUCCUCCCUCCCGUGUGACUGAGCAACCCUGCGCUCUGCAGCUGCGGGGCUGGCUCGCUCGUGCGCGCGCCCUCUCUCUCUCUCUCUCUCCUCUCCUUUCCUGACUCGUCCCUCCCUCCCCGGCCUCAAAUAGCGAAGCGCACUCGCCAGUGCAGCCUAACACACACACGCGCACACACACAUACACACGCACGCACACACGGUUGCACACGCAGCAGCAGCAGCUUUAGCGGCGGCAGCAGAAGCAGCAGCAGCAGCAGCAGCAAGCAAACAGCAGCAGCGGCCGCCUCCACCAGGCAUGGCACUGGGCUCUACCUCAUUAUGGCAGCCGCGCGACACAACACCCUCGACUUCCAGCUCUGUGCGAAAGCAGAUGGAGAUGCCAUUCUUAAAGGUCUACAGUCUGUUUUUGAAGAGCAGGCAAUGACAGAAACAAUUCACACUUGGGAAGAUCAUGGAUAUUUAGCAACCUACAUUAAUAAAAAUGGCAGUUUUGCCAGUCUGAGAAUUUACCCACAUGGAUUGGUGUUGAUGGAUGUACAGAGUUACAACAAUGAUUUGAAAGGAAAAGAAGAAAUUGACAAUCUACUAAACAAACUAGAAGAAAGAAUGAAAGAACUAUGUCAAGGCAAUAUUGGAAGGUUAAAACGAUUGCCAGCUCUUGUACGAGGAGGCAAGAUCGAUAAGUAUUGGCCUACAGCUGAUGGACGCCUGGUGGAAUAUGACAUAGAUGAAGUUGUAUAUGAUGAAGAUUCACCUUAUCAGAACAUUAAAAUUCUGCAUUCAAAGCAGUUUGGAAAUAUCCUUAUCCUCAGUGGGGAUGUCAAUUUGGCAGAGAGUGACUUGGCAUAUACACAAGCCAUAAUGGGCAGUGGGAAGGAAGAUUACACUGACAAAGAAGUGCUGAUUCUGGGCGGUGGAGAUGGGGGUAUAUUAUAUGAAAUAGUCAAAUUGAAACCAAAGAUGGUCACUAUGGUAGAGAUUGACCAAAUGGUGAUUGACGGGUGUAAGAAAUACAUGCGUAAAACAUGUGGAGAUGUCUUAGACAAUCUUAAAGGAGAGUGCUAUCAGGUUCUAAUAGAAGAUUGUAUUCCAGUACUGAAGAGGUAUGCCAAAGAAGGGAGAAUGUUUGAUUAUGUGAUUAAUGAUCUGACAGCUGUUCCAAUCUCCACAUCUCCAGAAGAAGAUUCUACAUGGGAAUUUCUCAGACUGAUCCUUGACCUUUCAAUGAAAGUAUUGAAACAUGAUGGAAAAUACUUUACACAGGGAAACUGUAUCAAUUUGACUGAAGCCUUGACUCUCUAUGAAGAACAACUUAGCCGGCUUUAUUGUCCUGUGGAAUUCUCAAAGGAAAUUGUAUGUGUUCCCUCAUACAUGGAAUUGUGGGUAUUUUACACUGUUUGGAAGAAAACUGAAUUUUGAAGAUUACUCUUGCCUGCGUAUUGCCAUCUUGAACCUUUUAAAUUAUAUGCUCUAGAUGAUUCUGAAAUUAGUCAUUCUAUUGAUUGUGAAUUCCUUAAAAAGUUUUUUUUAUUAUUAUUUUAAUUUAAAAAGCAAAUGGAAAAAUGUAUAUUUUGAUGAGCUCUAGGGUGUUAUUUUUUGAAAGUCAACUUAAAGAUGAAUUGGCAGCACUGCUGCUGAAUGCACUGAACCUUUUAGAAUGUGAUCCUUGUAUUUCUGUUAAUGUAGGCUUUUAUGAUAGAGCUUCAUUAGUGUGGUGUGUGGGUGGGUGGAUGGGUGAAUGUGUGGAUGUAUGUAUGGAAGAGAGAGAAAAAAGAAUGGGUAGUAUGGGGAAUGUAUGAAGUAUAAUGUUGUAGUAUCUUUUUUUUAUUUCAUUCUUUAAAAAAUUUCAUUCUUAAGGAAUACCUGAAAAAACAUAUUUUUUUUCCUUUUCCAAAAGUUGAUUAUGGUUUAGAGAUUGGGUUAAAGGAGACUUUAAAGUGAAUAACAGUGCUUCCAUUAUAAAAAUUAA